AUGCCUUCCGACAUCGAAAGUGAAACGGAGAAGAGCGUCGACUUGACGCAAACUCCAUGUGAAUUAUGCGGUCCAUCGACAUGCGACGAGCCGAUGAUCGGAUGCGAUGGAUGCUUCCUCUGGUUCCAUUGCCGUUGUGUGGAAAUCCAGGUAGAGCAUGCCCCGAAAAAGUGGUACUGUCAAAACAAGGAUUGUCAGGAGAAAGCCCAGCAGAUGAAGGAUGCCAAGAAGUCGUCUCGAAGUCGGAAAACAACCGAAGAGUCGGACAAAUCGAAGAAGGGAUCCUCUCUCGUAGAUGCGAGGGUGAAAGCACUGGAAGAGAAGCAGAAGAAACAGCUUCAGGAGCUAGAGGCGGAAAUAACGCUAAAGAGGAAGGAGAAACAGUUGCAGCGCGCGUUUGAACAGAAGAAGAUGGAAAUGGAGUUGAAAAUGCGCGCCGAAGAAGAAGAACAGCAGAUGGUGUUCCAGGAGGAGAUGCUUCGGAAAAAGCAAGAGCAGAUCGAUCGAAUGAAAGCGAACCAAAGGGCGUUCGAAAAGAAGAUGGCGGAUCUGGAUAAAGAGUUGGUGAAGUUGUCGACAAGCAAGGUGCCGAAAUCCACGCCGAAGAAGGCCGAUGAAGGUAAAGCACGAUCGACCGGUGCAGGAAACAAGUCGUUGAAGCUGACCAAAGCAAACGUAAAGAAGCUUGCCGAAGAAUUCGAGAACGGUGGUGCAGGCGGUGCGGACAGUGAAGAAGACGGGGAGCAGAGUGAAACCGAGGACGAGGAAGAUGCUGAUAGCGAAGAAGACGAUGAAGAGGAGGACGAAGAGUCUGAAGUGGCCAGUCCGUCGGUGAAGAGCAAACCGGGAAAGAAGAAAAGUGGGAAAGAAGUGAGUCAAAAGCGGGUAGGACCGACAAAGGCUCAGCUAGCUGCGAGAAAGGGGUUGACCUUUAAACUUCCGAAGUUCUCGGGCAAACCUUCGCAAUGGCCUCUUUUCUAUGCGGCCUACAAAACGUCAAACGAGACCUGUGGCUAUAUGAACCACGAGAACCUAAUGAGAUGGCAGGAAUCACUCGAAGGCGAAGCUCUCGAAUUGGUAGCCGGUCAACUACUCCUCCCUGAGUCGAUUCCGCGAGUUAUCGAGAAGCUGCGUCGCCAUUACGGUCGUCCAGAACAACUACUACAGAGUCUUCUGGACAAAGUUAACCAACUGGAGCCACCUAAGCCAGAUAACCUGCGUAGUUUCGUUCCUUUCGGGAAUGCCGUGGAACAACUCUGCGGACACUUAGAAGCCGCGGAUCUUCGGCAACAUAUCAUCAACCCGUUGCUUAUCAAGUCUUUGGUCGCCAAGCUUCCUGAUCGGGAAAAACGAGAGUGGGUGCGUUACCGGAAGACCAAAGGAGAGCCGACGCUUCGCACUCUGACGGAUUUCCUUAUGGAGAUUGUCGAAGAUGCCUGUGAGGCAGAUGUCGACGUAAAUCUCAUGCCAGCGUACCAGUCCAAAACUGGGUCGUCGUCAUUCGCAAAGAAAAAACCGAAGGAAAAGGGUGCGCUGUACUGCCAUGCAGAGGAGAGUCCAGCGCCCAGUCCCAGCGAUCAAAGGAGGUUGAAGCCAUGCAAAAUGUGCCAAAACACAGAACACCGUCUUCGUCAUUGUGCCGAUUUCAAGAAGCUGUCGUACGCGGAUCGGUUGAAGAUAGUGACCCGUGAUAAACUGUGCCACGUCUGCCUCAACGAGCACAGCGGUACCUGUAGGUUCAAAAUUCGCUGUAGUGUCGGAGAUUGUAGGGAGCACCACAACUCUCUAAUGCAUCCCGUCGGAAACACAGUCGGCUUGAGUGCACACAUCCGAUCUAAUUGUACUGCUAUGUUUCGGAUGGUACCGGUACAGCUUCAUUGCGGUGGAACCUCGAUCACAGUACUGGCAUUCCUUGACGAGGGUGCAUCUGUAACGCUGUUGGAGCGGAAGCUAGCCGACCGACUAGGUGUCGUUGGUGUACAAGAGCGACUGACGAUUAGGUGGACGGCCGAUGUCACACGCGAGGAAAGGGAAUCUCGGCGAAUGAAUGUUUGGGCGUCGGGAGUCAGUGGCGGUACCAACGGUAAGCUGUUACUGCACAGUGUCCGGACGGUUGGAAAGUUGAUGCUUCCCCAUCAAAGACUGGAUGUCCAGGACCUUGCCGCGCAAUAUCCUCAUAUGCGGGACCUGCCAAUCGAGUCAUACGACGGUCAGCCGGAAUUGUUAAUCGGAUUGAACAAUAUCCACUCGUUUGCUCCGAUAGAAGCCAAGGUAGGGGCACCAGUUGAACCUAUUGCGGUUCGCUGCAAACUUGGGUGGACCGUAUACGGCCCACGUCACUCUACUACGGUUGGAACUGGUAAUUUCAUCGGCCAUCACCAAGCCAUAACGAACGAAGACCUACAUGAGCUCCUCAAAAGCCACUACGCUCUGGAACAGUCGGUGGUAGAGAUACCACAGGAAUCAUCGGAGGACAGACGAGCCCGGGAGAUCCUCGAGCGGACAACCAAACGAAUAGGUGACCGUUUCGAAACCGGCCUACUGUUCAAAUCAGAUGAACCCCGAUUCCCGGACAGUUAUCCCAUGGCGGUCAAGAGAAUGAAGCAACUGGAAAAGCGACUACAGAAGAACCCGGAGCUGCAGAAUAACGUGAAUAAGCAAAUCGACGAGUAUCAGGAGAAGGGGUACGCUCAUUUGGCUACAGUGGAAGAGCUGUCCGGAUUUUCACCCGACGAGGUCUGGUAUCUGCCACUCAAUGUGGUACAAAACCCGAAAAAACCUGAUAAGGUACGCUUGGUGUGGGAUGCCGCAGCCACUGUGUUAGGAGUAUCGCUGAACUCGCUGCUGCUGAAAGGGCCAGACAUGCUUGUACCGUUGGUAAAGGUUCUCUGUGGUUUCCGAGAAUGGCGACUCGCUUUCGGCGGAGAUGUGAAGGAAAUGUUCCACCAGAUGAAGAUUCGCGUCGAGGACAGGCAAAAGCAGCGGUUUCUCUAUAGGAAGGAUCCAAACGAUCCACCGAGUAUCUACGUCAUGGACGUAGCAACCUUUGGGUCGACAUGUUCCCCAUGUUCGGCCCAAUUCGUAAAAAACAAAAACGCAGACGAGUUCGCUGGUCGAUACCCGGAAGCAGCCGCGGCCAUCAUUAAACGGCACUACGUAGACGACUAUUUCGACAGCGUUGAAUCCGUCGAAGAAGCAGUAAAGCUGGCGCGAGAGGUGCGUCUGGUACACCGAAAGGGAGGUUUCGAAAUCCGGAACUGGGUGUCUAACUCGCCAGAAGUGCUCCAGAGUCUGGGAGAGACGAAACCAGUCGCACCAGUACACUUUAACCAGGACAAACAAACGUCGAAGGAGCGAGUUCUAGGAGUGAUCUGGGAUCCGAACACAGAUGAAUUCGCAUUCUCCACGACCCACCGCGAAGGGUUACUUCCGUACCUGUUCGAAGAAAAGAGGCCGACAAAACGGAUUGUAGCAAGCUGCGUGAUGGGGUUCUUCGAUCCGCUCGGUUUGUUGUCACCAUUCACCAUCCACGGCAAAAUCAUCAUCCAACACCUGUGGCGUUCCAGCUGCGAUUGGGAUCAGGAGAUCGAUACCAAGUGCUGGGAGUUGUGGAAGCAGUGGACCGAGCUGUUGCCAGAAGUGGAAGCCAUACGAAUUCCACGUUGCUACAUCGGCGAUGCGAAGCGCGCUGAAGUCGAGUCAUUGGAAGUGCACAUCUUUACUGAUGCCAGCGAACAUGCGUACGGAUGCGUGGCGUACCUACGAGCGGUGGUGAGGGGCAUGGUACAUUGCAAUCUAAUGAUGUCGCGAGCGAAGGUUGCACCGAUAAAGCGGCAAUCAAUCCCUCGUCUAGAGUUAAUGGGGGCGGUUCUCGGGGCCCGCCUGAGUCAGUCGGUUUUGGAAAACCAUUCGUACGACAUCUCUCGCACCGUCUUCUGGACAGAUUCUCGUACGGUUUGUAGCUGGAUCAAUUCCGACCAACAUCGCUACAAGCAAUUCGUAGCAUUCCGCGUUGGAGAAAUCCUAGAGCUCACUAAGGUGUCAGAUUGGCGAUGGAUACCGACGAAACUCAACAUAGCGGACGUACUGACGAAGUGGGGACAAGGCCCACCGCUUCAAAGCGAUGGUGUAUGGUUCAAAGGACCGGAAUUCCUGUACCGGCCAGAAGAUACGUGGCCAACGAAAGAGUCGAUUGUUGAAGGAACGGAGGAAGAAGUACGAGGGACAGUUUUGUUUCACGAAGUGGUGAAUGUAGAAGCAAUUUCUUCGUGGACAAGACUUCUACGAGUGACGGCUACGGUGGUGCGCUUCAUCGACAAUUGCCGUCGUAAACGGCAUGGCGAAUCGACUUUAACGACACGAGCUACGACGAAACAGUGUCGAAUACUCGUGAAAGCGGCGGCGAAAGAUACGGCAGGUUCAUCAACUGGAACUGUGCAAACCCCCCUCAAGCAAGAUGAACUCAAGCGAGCAGAAAGAAUCCUGUGGCGUCAUGUGCAGUGGGACAGUUUUCCGGAUGAGAUGAGCAUUCUCACGAACAAUCUGCAACGCCAACCUGGGCAGUCGUUAGAGAAGGUCAGGAAGAAUAGCCGCAUCUACAAAUGUUCACCAGUGAUAGACGACGAAGGCGUGUUGCGUAUGGACGGGAGGCUGGCGAAUGCCGAGGAACUCCCCUUCGACAAAAAGUAUCCGGUCAUCCUAUCACGAUCACACGAGAUCACACAGCGGUUGAUUCAACACUACCAUGAGGAGUUCGGGCACGCAAACUCCGAGACGGUUUUCAACGAAAUGAGACAGCGGUUUCAAAUUCCAAAUCUGCGUGUGGAGAUCCAGAAGGUAGCUGACAAAUGCAUAUGGUGCAAGGUGCAUAAAUGCCUUCCAAGGUCGCCGAGGAUGUCUCCAUUGCCAGUUGAUCGGGUUACGCCGAAUCGACGGCCUUUCAACUCCGUAGGUAUCGAUUAUCUGGGCCCGGUGGAAGUAGUAGUCGGACGGCGAAAGGAGAAGCGUUGGGUGGCCGUAUUCACUUGUUUAGCCGUGAGAGCAGUGCACCUGGAAGUUGUGCACAGUUUGACGACGGAGUCUUGUCGGAUGGCCAUCACUCGUUUCCGUAACAAGUUCGGGGCGCCAAGUCAUAUAUAUUCCGACAAUGCUACGUGUUUCCAGGGUGCAAACAACGAAAUGAUCCGGAUGGCGAGCAUCAAUCAACAAUGUGCUGAAAGUAUGGCCAGUCCCUCUACCGCCUGGCACUUCAAUCCUCCUGGAACGCCGCAUAUGGGCGGCAUCUGGGAACGCAUGGUGCGAUCGGUGAAGACAGCAAUGCGAGCACUGGAUGAUGGAAGGAAGCUUACGGACGAGAUUCUGGCGACAAUCCUUGCGGAAGCGGCCGAAAUGAUAAAUAUGCGUCCGCUGACCUACUUGCCGCAAGAUUCGGCAGAAACGGAGGCGCUGACCCCAAAUCACUUUCUCAGGGGAACAGUGACCUGUGCCGAUACAAACACGGAAGGUGGGCCAACGGAACUUGCGGAGGUACUGCGAAAUGACUACCAGCGAUCGCAGUAUCUCGCUGACAAAAUGUGGGCUAGAUGGAUCAAGGAGUACCUGCCGACCAUCAACAGCCGAUCAAAGUGGUUCGACGACCAGAAGCCGCUAAAAGUGGGCGACUUAGUUUUCGUGGUCGACGGUAAAACCCGGAAGAGCUGGAAGCGUGGCAUCGUGGAGGCAGUGAUCAAGGGAUCAGAUGGAAGAGUACGACAGGUGGACGUAAGAACUGCAGACCGUAAGGUGCAAAGACGAGGUGUGGUGAACUUAGCGGUGUUGGAGAUACAGUAA